AUGGGAAGGGCCAAGAAAUCUUUGAGAGACCUAUCGCGACUCUCUAGAUGCCCACUUUUGGAAACUCUAGUCCCGUCUUCAGUGCUAGCCACGUCCUCAGACACGCAAGAACCAGGGACAUGGGUGACCUCGCCAGAUCUAACGGAAUAUGGACUGCCAUACCCACUAGAAGAAAUUCAAAGCACGACGUUCUUCCUUAUCGCAAACCCAGGGUUGAACUCGAGCGUGCUGUUCCGUGCCGAUAUCCUGGCUGAUAGUGAUGCAGAGAUAGAGACGUCUCAACAAGCAGUGGAAUCUUGCCCUGCUCGCCAUGUGGCCGGGUUCGAACUGAGCAGGACGGUAGUGAGGAGGUUGAUUCCUAGAAAUCCCCAGCUUGAUCGGCCGUUGGAACAGACGUGCCACUUCUACAUAUCCGCGACUUCUCCCACUGCAGAGUCAGAGCCUAGCAGGAAACGGUUUCUGGUCGUUUAUACGCCGCACGUCUCCUCGAAGGAGGAGUUACCGUACUACCACCCAUGCCUCCAGUCCUUGGCUUUGCUAUACGAGUGCGAGAACACUCUUCAUAUGCCCGGCGCAGAAUCAACAUCUGGAGAAACUCCCCAAACAAAUGAAACAGAACCAGGAACGGGCACAGGCAUAAUGUCCAUCCAUUUCCUGCCCUACCCAGCCGAAUCAAUCCACAACCGCUUGGAACGCACUCUAGGUAACCUCCUAGAAGUGCAAAUCCGGGUCACGAGAGGCCGUCUUCUCAAUGCCAAAACUGCAUCCCAAACGGUGCAACCCAUUAAUAUUAUAGCCCCCAUCAAGGAUAACGUGAUCCCCCGUCAUCGUGUCCAGGAUACUUACUCGCGACUUAAGGCCAAGUACGCGGUAGAUCUGUCUUCUCGCUGGGUUGAGAGCACGGAACCAAGCAAGCACGUCUUCGAAGACUUGGGGGUUGCGGCCUUUUUGGUGGAGUUAUGGCGGGAUAUGUAUGGUUGUGUUCCUGCGGAUGAACAACAGGGACAGACCUCAACACCUAAUGUUGACAGCUCAAAGCAAGCAAAGGCAAAGCCUCAAUUUCCGGGAUUCGUAGACAUCGCCUGCGGAAACGGCGUACUCGUCUACACCCUCCUCAAGGAAGGAUACCCCGGCUGGGGCUUCGACGCGCGCCGCAGGAAAACAUGGAGUAUUUUCCCCGCCGAUAUACAAGAGCGUCUAAAGGAGGAAAUCUACAUCCCGGAGCCUUUUGCAGACAUACUUUCCCUACGAGACGACGACCGUGACCAGCUAUUAUCAGUAUCAAUGUCACCCUCACCCUCACCCUCGCCAUCCCUCUCCACGCUCCACAAAAACACCUUCAUAAUAUCCAACCACGCAGACGAACUCACCCUUUGGACACCCCUCCUAGCAGCCCUCCUCAAUCCAGCCUCCCCGCCCCCAUUCCUCGCAAUCCCAUGCUGCUCGCACGCCCUGUCCGGUGCAAGGUAUCGAUACCCCGCUCAAAAAUCAUCCACGCCAGAAAAGAACGACCGGAAACAAGAAGUACCGUCUUCUGCACCAGAAAUAGAAACAGGAGGCCUAGCCUCUCUCCGCAAAUUACGUCUCACAGAGCAGAACCAGCACAGCGCGUCGUUCGGCACAUCUACCUACGGCGCACUUACGGAUAAGCUGGUUGCUAUAUCGACUGAGGCUGGGUUUGAUGUGGUCAAGACGUUGUUGAGGAUCCCGAGUACGCGGAAUAUUGGUGUUUUGGGGUCGUUCUCUGCAAAGUAUUCCACCGAGAGCGAUGGGAAUACGAGCCCUGGUGCGGAUGCGGAUGGAAAAAGUGUCGAAGAGGAGGUUCGGGAUCGGAUUAAAUCGGUUGUAGAGAGGGAGUGUGCCCGUGAUGGAGGGAUUUAUCUUUCUGCGAAGAGUUGGGUUGCUAGAGCUAAGGGGUUGAGAGCGGGAGUUGGUGGUAAUGCGCAUGGGCAUUAG